UCUCUCUAUAAAAACAGAAACAAAAUCCUCUCAAUUUCCUUCUGUUUCAUUUUCUCUCUCCUCUGUAAAGAGAAAAGAAAAACCCCCAAUUUUGAUUUGAAUUAUUCCCAUUCCGUUUCUUCAAUUUCUUCCAAUCUAGGGUUUUAUUUUGCUGAUUCGAUCAAACAAUGAAUAAUUCCAGAAGAAAUGCUUUGCCACCUUCUCUCGUCGCUAAUCUUCAGCAAGUUUUGACAUCCAGGAAACAUGUUGACGAAGAAGUUGAACAACAACAACAACAACAACAACAACAACCUUCCGAGUCCGGCAACGAGUUGACUCAGUCCACUGAACAGAAUCAACGAGAAAGCGAACAAGAGGAAGUUCCGUGUUCUUCUACUUUUCCUGUCGGUGGUGAUGAUGAGGUUGAGUUUGAUUCCGAAGAAAUGAGCUCGAAACCGGUGAUUUUGGUCACUAAUGGCGACGGAAUUGAGUCGCCUGGUCUUGUUUCUCUUGUUGAUGCGUUUGUUCGUGAUGGUCGCUUUGAUGUUCACGUUUGUGCUCCUCAAUUUGAUAAAUCUGCAUCAGGUCAUUCGUUGACGGUUCGCGAGUCGGUUGAGGUUACUUCUGCAGAAAUGAGUGGCGCCACCGCUUUUGAAGUUUCCGGUACACCUGCAGAUUGUGUGUCAUUAGCUUUAUCUCAGGCAUUGUUUUCUUGGUCAAAGCCUUUAAUGGUAUUAAGUGGAAUCAAUAGGGGAUCAAGCUGUGGUCAAAACAUGCUAUAUUCAGGGGCUAUUGCUGGAUCAAGAGAGGCGUUGAUACAUGGUGUACCAUCGAUUUGUAUAUCAUUGGACUGGAAAAAAGAUGUAAGCUCUGACAAUGAUUUCAAGGAUGCUGUUGAAAUUUGCCUGCCGUUGCUUAAUGCAACAAUAAGAGACAUUGAGAAUGGCAGUUUCCCAAAAGGCUGCUUUCUUAAUGUAGAAGUUCCAGUUUCUCCUUCCUCGAACAAGGGUUUUAGAUUGACAAGGCAGAGCUUGUGGAGAUCUAGUCUAUCUUGGCGAGCCAUAUCAUCGUACAAACAUCCGUCUGCUAUGAAUAUAAUGGCCAGUCAGCAAAGCCUUGGUAUUCAGCUUGCUCAGCUGGGGCGAGAUGCCUCUGCCGCUGGUGCAGCACGCCGGCUGAAUACAAAUAGAAAGACUGUUGAGGUUGAAUCCGUCGGGGUUGCAGGCAAACCAAAGACCAACCAAACAAUUAGAAAACAUUACCGCCUUGAGUUCUUGGACGAGGAGAAGGAAGAUGCAGAUGAUGAAUUAGAUUUUAAAGCACUACAAAAUGGAUUUGUUUCUGUUACGCCACUAGCUUUGUCUUCAGACCUUCAUACGGAGAUUCAUUUAUCCGUCUCAAAUUGGCUAUCGUCAGUCCUCGCAGAGGAACGAUAAUAUUUCCUUUACUCAGUACCAGGGGAAGUAUUUUUUAUCGCACUUGCAGACGGGCUGUCAACAUGGGUUUGUGCCUGUUUUCUUUUGCCUCCAUUGAUUUGAAGAAAGCACAUAUAUUAUUUGUUCAUGUGCUGAUCGACUUAAAUAGUUUGGCGUGACUGCGUGAGUAAUCUCUCUUUCUUUGGUAGGUAUUUGAACUUUUUUGUCAACUGCGUUUUUACUCGUAAAAAACGAUUUUAUGAAUUCUUUGUUGUACAGAGGUCCGUUGGACCUUUCUUCAUAUGGUUAAAAAAGAAGUAAAGAACAACUAUAAAUGGGAAAUGUACGUCGAUUCUUAACUUGUUUGUGUAAUGUGGUUGUAAACUUGUAAUGGUGCACCAGAUCUGUGUUUGUGAAUAGUAGUAAUUACCUUGA